AAGGAAGAACUGAAGUGCACCCAAAAUCCGUUUUUUUCAGAACAUUUAAUUUGAUACGGUAGUUAAUGAAAACUAAAUUAUUUCACAUAAUAAACAUUAGAGUCAGUGAGAUAAGAAACCCAUCAUUUCUAUCAUGCUCAAUGCUAAAGGCUAAUAACAGAAUUUGGAUAAACUAAAACCAGUAAACCAAGCGCUGUCAGUGGUGCCACGAGUCAAGGGUACGGCGUCGGAGUUAGACUGAAGGGAUGUGACUUUUGAGUCGGAUUAUUCCAACACGGAGUCGGAGUUAACUUUUAGCUUAAGGAUUUCUCGAUUUAGUAUCUCUGAGUCUGAUCUGAGAUGCCUUAAGGUUUGACUUUCAGAAAAUGGCAGGAUGUGUUGGAGUGGUGAUAUUCUUUCCUGGUGAGUCUCCGCAGUGAGAAGUUCUCUCUCUGAAUUAUGUUAUCAGACGACAGUUAAUCUCGGUAUAUUAUAUGAGAGUCGUUAUUGAAAAGGGGGUGGGAAAGGCUGCAGAUUGGAUUGUCUGAGACGAAUCCGCAAUACUCGGGUUUACCCGGAGCUUGCUGUGUGAUAGAGGAAAUUGAACAACGCCUAAUGAUAGGAGCUUUCCCCUAAGGACUUUACAUAUAAACUCCCGCUUCUAUUAUUUUUCUGUUCUUUUUAUAUAUUUUCUCUCCCCCCCCCCUCCUCUCUCUCCAUUAAAUAAAUAUAUAUGUGUGUGUGUGUGUGUUUAAAUGGUUCCCACAGAAGUACUGCAAUACUAAGGUCAUCCCUUUUCAAAGUCUGUCUUUGUUGGUAUCGUUGCCUUGUGGCUCUAUCAUUUCUUAUAACCUACCGAUUGUCCCCAUCCAGGUUGAAAACAAAACCCAGAUAUCACGUUCCUCCCACCACUGUUUGGUGACUGGGCGGGAUCCUGAUCUUAGCCAACAUGCCGAGAGACGAUCGGAUUUGUUCUAGGCUUGUUCAGCCACAAUGGAGUUCGCUGAGACGUUUUACUAACAAGACACUUGAGCUAUGACUUCAAAACUGAACAGGAAUUGUGCAGUUAAAUCUAUUUGUACCACAGGAUUCGCCUUUAUUAUUUUAUUUUUUAAAAAAAGAGAUUUGUAAUGUAUGUUUUUUUAAUUAGCGAGCCCAUCAAAGCGUUUUAAUUUCGUUGUUGUUUUUUUAACUGAUUUACCUUUCCCUUGUUAUUGGUCAAGCUCUAAUGGUUGUGUCCCUUGGCUCCAAACUGAUCAAACGGCAAGCCGGCUACGUGAAGCCUGACUACCUGUACUGCAGGUACAGACUGGAGUACUGUGAUAAAGAAUACCAGAAACAGACCAAAUCCAGGUGAAGGACAUUGGGUUAUAAAAAAUAUUUAAAACGUAUCGAUGGUCAGACAGAAAGCAAAUCUUCAACAGGGCAUCAAUAGGGCAUCAAUAGGGCAUCAAUGGGCCAUCAAUAGGGCAUCAAUAGGGCAUCAAUAGGGCAUCAAUAGGGCAUCAAUAGGACAUCAAUGGGCCAUCAAUAGGGCAUGUGUUAGUUUGGUUGGUUGGUUUUGUUGUCUUUUAUUUUUUUUUGCAUAUUCACCCAAAACUAUUGUCAUGGGGAGGGGGGUCUAUUGUCAUAGCUAUCUUACUUUUAGACUGAUUCAAUUUUGAGCUAUUAAUUCAAAUGUAAAUAACUAUUUUUAAUUGAAAAUAUUCGCACUUUGAGAAGGGUUAGAGCAAACUCACAAAUAUAAUGCUGUAGCAUUUAUUUAGUAAUGGCAGAAACAUGGCAACUUGAGCUCGACAAGAAACAAGGUUUACGUUGUCAACAGAUUCCACAACAAAAUCAACGCCUAAACUUGUUCAAGAAACUUAAUAAUAAUAAAGUUUAUUUUUAAAAAAUCACGCUUCAUCCCCAAAUGCUCAAAAGGUGUUACCAAGUCAACCGUAUUAAAAGAGAAAUGAAACAAUCUAUGCUGACUGGAAAGGCUCAAACAAGUCAAUGUGAGCAGUUGCGUGGCUAGGGUUAGUGCCGCCUGGAACAGGAAAAAAUUUUUUCCCGCCCCUUUCAAUAAAAAAAAAAAAAUCUGCAGGUGGCUUAAAGUGUCGCCCCUGCAUAGAAAAAAAAAUGUGCUGCCAGGGGCAAAGCCCACCCCCCCCCCUCGGCAACAAUUUCUACGCCACUGAGGAGAGGAGAAAACUAUAUAUGAAUAAUUUUUUUAGAGAAUUUGUUUUGGUUUCCCCGUUUCUUUGUGUGAAUAUGUUCAUAUCAUUCAUUGCAUCAAUAUGUUAAUUUCAUUCAUUGUAUCAAUAUGUUCAUGUCAUUCCUUGUAUCAAUAUGUUCACGUCAUUCCUUGUAUCAAUAUGUUCAUGUCAUUCAUUGUAUCAAUAUGUUCAUGUCAUUCCUUGUAUCAAUAUAUUCAUGUCAUUCCUUGUAUCAAUAUGUUCAUGUCAUUCAUUUUAUCAAUAUGUUCAUGUCAUUCCUUGCAUCAAUAUGUUCAUGUCAUUCCUUGUAUCAAUAUGUUCAUGUCAUUCCUUGUAUCAAUAUGUUCAUGUCAUUCUUUGUAUCAAUAUGUUCAUGUCAUUCCUUGUAUCAAUAUAUUCAUGUCAUUCCUUGUAUCAAUAUGUUCAUGUCAUUCAUUUUAUCAAUAUGUUCAUGUCAUUCCUUGUAUCAAUAUGUUCAUGUCAUUCAGUGAAUCGGCCGAGUCGCUGCUGCACUGUGUCAACAGAAUAUCUCAAACAGGUGACCCCGAGUGUGAGGAUAUCAAACACUCAAUCAAGAGGAAAGUGGAGGACAUUCUAAGAAGUAGGUAUUACAUCAUAUACAUUCUAAGAAAGAGUUAUUACAGAAUAUAUACUCCAAGAAGUAUUUAUUGUCACAUAAACCUUCCAGAAGUAAGUAGUAUUAGAAAGCAUUCAAUUAGGAAGCAGUCCACGAGUCAAAUCAGAAGCGUAAUAGAUAUUAGAGAAUAUAUAUAUUAUUGACCCCACACGUCUCUCUCUCUCUCUCUCUCUCUCUCUCCCUCUUAGAGAAAUCCAUCUAAAAAAAUAAUAGAUAUAUUUUUUUACAAAAGCCCUUUUGACCAUAGUAGAAAUUCAUCUUAAAAUAAUAGAUAUAUUUUGGAAAAGCCCCUCUGUCUUUGAGAGAAAUCCAUCGUAACAUAGUUGAUAAAUUUGGACUAAAGCUUUUCUCUAUCUGAAUUUCAGAACCUAAGCAAAAAAGGUCGAUGGCGAAGAAGGUUUAUUCUAAUGAGAUUGGUCUGGUCUGUGCUGUUACGCUUGUUCAGAUGAUGAUACUUUAGGAGCUAAUGGUCCAGAUAUGGCCAGGGUCACUUCUAACGGGCCUGUGUUGAUUUCGUUGUAGCUUGCAUAAUCCAUGUAUGAAAUGAUUAAAUUAUGAUCAUAUUAUCCAU